GUAAAAUUGCAUCAUAAGGCCUUGCCCGGCUUAAGAUUCACGCCGGGACAGAGGAGUAUAAGAUCGCGAACAUGUGACAACGUAUCGACCAUUUCCGAUGUAUAUCGCUCUCCCUUGAUCUCUCACAGUGAUAUAAGCAAGUCGUGCGAGAUCCAUUACAUCGGCCACCGUACUGGGACCUAGAUCGGAGACGAGCAAUACGUAGCCAAGAAAGAUGUUGGUAAUACGACUUGAACCGGGCUUGACUCUCCGGUUCAUCCGGACGGUGCAUCAUGCAGCUUCGAAGAAGCCCUCGAACAAACCACCUUCGACAAAAGAUGAAAGCACACGUCGGCAAGCAAAACCACCCCGCUUGACAGGCUCCAUCCUCCGGCCCUCCCUUUUCAACGUCCCCCAACCCCGUCUCAGCCCUCAGCCGGUCAAGACGAGCAUGAUGAUCCGCAAUCGGACGAGAGCGAGAGAGAAUCGGAGGGAGAAGCAGCUCUUGCAUAUGCAGUAUAUCAGGGAUAUGAGGGAAGAGUUCAAGUUCUGGGAGAGGCUGGGGGUGAAUGAGCGGCCGUCUCGCAAGAACGAAGCUGGAAAAGGAAAAGGAGUGGAGGAGACUGGUUACAUUGAAAUACACAACGAGCAGCUGGCACGAUAUAACGCCAGCUAUGAGCUUGACAAACUCCGAUCCGCCAUGGUUGUCCCGCCCGAGAUGAUCAAGCGAGUCGAGUUAGCCAAAAAGAAUAAAGCCAGAGCCAUACAGAAGAAAGCCGAGGGACGGAAGACCGCCAAAGGUAUCCCUCCUGCGAUAGAGAGUGCAACGACUGAAAGAGUCGGGCCAUGAUUAAAGUCUAAAGGAUAUCUAAAUACAACGUUUUCCUUCCCCGUACAAACAUCGCAUACCCUGGUCCUUAUCCAGCGAUUUUUAUCUCUCAUGCCGUUAGACUACCUUGCAGCAUGUCGACCAUAUCCCUCACACCAUGUUUGGAAGAAAUGACCUCGUCCAGGUGUUGUAAUGCCUCGCGAGCUAGAUACAGUAGACUUUAAGCUUGAUCCACUCACUUGGACGGCUAUCGCGCUAUCAACUCACCUCCUUCCUCGUUACCGAUCUGUAACAGCUUGAUCUUCAACUGGCUGAGUGGAUACCCGCCUUGAUCGAGCUGAGAGUAGGAAUUAAUCAGCCGGGAAAC